AUGACGUACAUCUUUUUCGAUUUUCCUCAUGUCCCAGAUGAGACAGAGAAUCGGCCCGAUUCUGCGAUUCUGAAUUCAGCCCAGUCGGGCGAAGCCCAGUCCAUUGGUCCUGAGCCCAACUUUUUUUUUUUUUUUCUCUUCCCCUUUCUUCUGCGCCAGUCGGGUUCUUCCCCUUUCUUCCAAAUCCAGUCUGACCAGUCGAGUCUUUCCCACUUUUCUUCUCGAGCACGCCCUAAAUCCGCCGACCAGGUCAGAUACUUUCUUCGACCUGGUUCCUUCUUCGACGAGGUACCUUCUCCGAGUCCGAGCUUCGACCAGGUGGUAGGUUUCUCCGAGCUUCGAGUCUUCGACCAGGUCUCCCUUCCCCAAUCCGCCAUUGCCGGUUGCCGCUGCCAUUUUCCCUCCGUCAUUGCGCUGCCAUUAACUACCAAUCAAGUGAAGAAGAAUGUUCCCCUACAGUGGUCUCGAGCUAAAGUCGAGUUAGGAGCUCAUCUGCUCGAGGCGGGAGGGGAGGCGGCGGUAGUUCAUUUGCUCGGUGCGCUUCCUGAUGGCGUUCUCGGCAUAGAUGCGAGUGCUGUCCAUGUUGCCCUUCUCGAUGGUCUUCUUGACCUUGAGCUUCUCCGCCUUCUACUUCUUCUCGCACUUCCUCGCCUGCCGCUACAGCGACUUGGACGUGAACUUCAGCUCCAUGAUCUAGUUCAGCAGCUUUUUCGUGUUCCCCAUCGCUGGCGAUCGAAGGGUGAGGGUCGAGGGCGAUCGAUUGGAGGACCUAAGAGGGCUUAUCGGUUUGAAUUUUCGAUUUGAUCAUCGUUGCUAAGGAAUAUCGAACUGUUUGCCGUGGAAGACCUGAUGACGAUGGCAAUGUAGGUCUCAGGGGGAAGAAUUUAUCAUGGUCCGGGUGCAUGUGAGCCCAUGUGCAUGAUCUUGGGCUUUAAAUAAAUGGCCCAUUAGUCAGUCCUUAUUAUUAUUUUUCGAUUAUUCUGCUCAAUGAAAGUAUUAUACAUAUAUAUAUAUAUAUAUAUGUGCUGUUUUUUAAUUA